GGAUUCUCCAUGUUGGACCCAAACUGAGGAGCCCGGAGCUGCCACCGGGGGAUCGGGGCCGGGGGCACCCGGGGGAGCCGCUGCCCGGGCCGCCCGCCCUCCGUCCAGGCCACCUCCCUUCGCGGCCCGGGGAGGAAACGAGAAGGGGGGAUGUGAACAGCGGUGGGAGCCGAGACUAGGGAGCCAGAGCGGAGCGGGCCCCCGCCCAGGCCCCCAGCCCAGCCCUGCCCAGCCUGCGCGCCCGCCCGUCCUCCCGCCCAGCCAGCCCGGGCCCGCGGAAUUGUUAGAUGGAACACGGCUCCAUCAUCACCCAGGCGCGGAGGGAAGACGCCCUGGUGCUCACCAAGCAAGGCCUGGCCUCCAAGUCCUCUCCUAAGAAGCCACGCGGGCGGAACAUCUUCAAGGCCCUCUUUUGCUGUCUACGCACCCAGCAUGUCGGCCAGUCCAGCUCCUGCACCGAGCUCGCCGCCUACAAGGAGGAAGCCAACACCAUUGCUAAGUCGGAUCUGCUCCAGUGUCUCCAGUACCAGUUUUACCAGAUCCCUGGGACCUGCCUGCUCCCGGAGGUGACGGAGGAAGACCAAGGGAGGAUCUGUGUGGUCAUUGACCUGGAUGAAACCCUUGUGCACAGUUCCUUUAAGCCAAUCAACAAUGCUGACUUCAUAGUGCCUGUAGAGAUUGAGGGGACCACGCACCAGGUGUACGUGCUCAAGAGGCCUUAUGUGGAUGAGUUCCUGAGACGCAUGGGGGAGCUCUUCGAAUGUGUGCUGUUCACUGCCAGCCUGGCCAAGUAUGCCGACCCCGUGACGGACCUGCUGGACCGGUGUGGGGUGUUCCGGGCCCGCCUGUUCCGGGAGUCCUGCGUGUUCCACCAGGGCUGCUACGUCAAGGACCUCAGCCGCCUGGGGCGGGACCUGAGGAAAACCCUCAUCCUGGACAACUCGCCGGCGUCGUACAUCUUCCACCCGGAGAACGCGGUGCCUGUGCAGUCCUGGUUUGAUGACAUGGCGGAUACGGAGCUGCUCAACCUGAUUCCAAUCUUCGAGGAGCUAAGCGGGGCAGACGACGUCUACACCAGCCUUGGGCAGCUGCGGGCCCCUUAGCCUUCCUGCUUGCGAGCAGCGGCGAUCCCGGCAGGGGACUUUGCUACACUGUGCCUUUUUGAUCAGCCUGACGGCCAGAGCGAAGCUGGAGCACUGUGCAGACGGGGCCUGGAAGUGGACGUGGUUGGAAAGAGCUCCAGGGCAGGCUGCAUGCCGGCCGGGUGGAGCGCACCAGCAGUACCCAGAGAUGCCUGUUCCAGGCCGGCUGCCAAGAUUGUGUGUGUGUGUGUGUGUGUGUUGUGUGUGACGAGAGAGAGGAAGAGUGCGUGAGAGUCUUCAGGAAGAAGUGUGGACCCAGGGAGUUCAGCGUUGGAAGCGGAAGAAGCUGAAAGACCGACUUUUCCCAAGUUAGUUCAUCUCUCCUGCCGUUCUCUGAGCCGCUGAGCUUUACAGGGGUAAAGACUACGAUUGCAGGCUCGGUUGCCAAGCCAUGGCCUCCCCGCGGGGCUGGAAGGCCUCUGCAGGGGGCAAGGCAGGGUCAGAGCUGCCCUGGAUGCGCCAGGCGCACGCCUUUCUGAGAACUCUCCGGCCCAGCUGCUGCAGAUCAAAGAUGCCAUUUCUGGGAAGAGGAGGACUUGCUUCCGGAACCAGUGACCCCGGGACCGUCGGGUCCUGUGGCCCGAGGGUUCUAUUGCCAUCAGCUGAGUACCUGCUGUGGGCCCCGUCUGUGUCUCCCCAAGGUUUGGGCGCCGGGCCUCCCUUCCUCACCACCUAGCCAUAGUCCCGAUCCCGUGGGGAAGGCAGCGUGCUGCCAGCCCUGGAAGAGGACCGAUAACCCAUUUCCGUUCUUUUGACUCUUUUGAAAUUCUCUUUCUAAACAUGGAAUGUUGGACCUGGCUUGUGUCUGGCAAAGCUGCCAUCCUGGGCCCGAGGUGAACGUGGGCGGUGCGGGGGGCGGGGAAGAGUGCAGUCCCCGGAGCGUGAGCGUGCGUCUUCUCGCCUUGUACAUCAGCUCUGCUCUCCGUAAGUCCGCUCUUCAGGGAUCCGCUGGUGCUGGUGCUGGUGCUGGUGCUGGCGCAGGGACUUCGUUCCAGAGCCUGGGAAGGCUGUCCAAGCUGCCCCAGCCCCUCCCGUGGCUCGGGCAGGCUUCUUUCCUGUUGCGUCUUCCUGGGCGUCCGUCCUGUGCUGAAAUGUGUGUUCCUGUCUUCGUCCUUCCUAUCUGUCACUGUCCCUCCGAGUCUCAGCACUCCGCUUUGCCAGAACCGGGGGGGACAGGUUCUCGCCGUACGGUUAGCCAGCCGCCCGCCCCUGCAGCGGGAGUGAGUGAGUGAGCGAGCGAGCGAGCGAGCGAGCGAGUCCCUCACAGACCUGCACUCUGGGUGUCUCUUGCUUUCAAAAAUGGUUAAUAGUGAAUGCUUUAAAAAAAAAAAGUCACAAAAUGGAAAUUUCCCCCCGCGGGGGUGGGAAGCAGAGGAGGAAGUGCUGCUGUGUUGGGAGCACAAGGGGCCCUCUGCGAGGGGGACCCCACCUCAGCGUCACUGCCUUAAUCAAGGCCUCCCCCGGGAUCGGGUGGGGCUCUCCCUCCCUCCCUCCUGGGAUGGGGGGCGAUGCUGUCCCCGUCUCCGUGUUCCCUGGAGGUGGACAUCACCAAGCAUUUGUGAAUCGCUUCCGGAGCGGGUGCGCUGACCACUCGGGACUCGUCCUAGCCACCUUCGCAGUUUCCGCAGGGUAGGUCCCGCCUCGGCCUCAGGAACUCACCGGUUAGGGGCCAGGUGGCAGAGCGGCGGCUGGGCGUCGGGAGUGCAGCUGCGCGGCCGGGCCCGUUGUGUCACCUUCCCUCCUCGGCUCGGUGGGGCCGCCCUGCCUUUCUCUUGGUUGGCAGAGGUGGUACAGAGCACCCAGCCCGCCGGGGGCCCCCCCGCAGGUGGAGGCAGAGGCUCCCGGUGCUAGCCAGGAAGGCCGUCUGCGGAAGGAAAGGGGACGCUCGGACGCCAAGGACAGGUGCGCGAGAGACGCCGGCCCUGGCCUCUGCUGCCGUUCCAACACCACAGGACGGGCGUCUCUCCCGAGCUCUGCCCCGAGCGUAGGCCUCAGCCAAGUCUCCUGUCGCUUGGCCUGGCCAGGCUUUUCUGACGAAGCAAUAAGAGGCCCUGAGCUGAUGGAGUUCAGGAACCCUUUCUGCCCUCUCUGAGAUGUCCGUGUUUUCCCGCACGGAGAACGCGUGCCACCCCCAUUCCGGUCAGGCUUGUCCCAGUGCGUGAGGUGUGACCCGCGCCGAAGCCUAGGAUGGCUUGGUGGGAGUGUCCCGCGCUCCUGCCCCAGGCCCGGCUUCCCAGGCCCCGCCCGUGUGAGAGCCCGCCUGCUGGCUCGCUGAGCGCAGGUUUUCCUGGUCGAGCUCCCUCCAUUCCCUUUCCCAGAGAAGCAACGUGGCCAAAUCUAAACGAGGGCGGCCGCGGGCCUGAAGUCAGCAUCCGCUGUCCGCCAGCUAGUGUCACAGUGUUGGGGCCAGCGGUGACUGCAGCUUCCCGGAGGAGCCAGGCAGCCGUACCUAACGGAGGAGGGCGAGGCGGGGAGGAAGCCGCUCCUCCAGACUGGUCUCCGGGAGCCCGCAGGCCGCUGGGCCUGGCGUCGGCACCCGCUCAAGCCAUGCUGGACUCUGCCCACCCGCCAGGUUCAGCUCUCCAAGGUGCCUCUUCAGGGACACAGUGUGUCUCUCUGAUUGGGCUUCUAAAUCAAAAGCCUGAUGUUCUCGUCCCUCUUAUAGGGGGAGCUUUGGCACAGGACCAGUUCGGUAACGGGUCAGAUAAGGGCUUCCUCUCUGCACAUUGUAGAGGGGACGCCCUGGAGGCCCGGGGGUCCUUUGCUCGAGUGAGUUUGCCUUCAGUUAACCUGGGACCUUCCAUUUAGUUCCCUCCUUCCUCCCAAAGAUUUUUGUGUAAACGUAUGAGUUCAGCUCUGUUAACAGUGGCCCAGGAGUUCUUUUGUACUGAAAGCGGAGGGGUCUCAAGGCGGUGAUUCCCUGGUUCUGCUGCCCGCCCCUUCUGAGUUUUCACGUCGGGGCAGCCGCUCGCACAGCUGGCCUGCGCCGAAUGGCCCAGCGGGCCGGGUGCUGGAGGAAGGUAAGCCCGUUUUCCCCCUCUGCCCUUCACUUGGUCGUAAGUGUUACUGUCCUUCAACCACCGUUUUUUCUGAAAUGGCUUGGUUUUGUCUUUUGCCUUUUUUUUAAACGCAAGUAAAUAUCCGCAUAUUCAACCACAGGAGAAGAGGUGGGGGGGUCUGGCCCGCAGUCCCCGGAGCAGACUCCCUCCUCCUCCGCCCCAUGAGCUUCUUUGCUUCUAAUUACCCCAAGUUUGCUGUGAUCCCCUUUGAAGAUGCCAUUGGGAGGGGAGGAGGUCCGCUUCCCGCUGUGACCGGGCUAUGGGAUUCUGACUACCUUGCUUCAUGAUUUGAUAAAUUCGUUGUAUUCAAAAACUUGAAAUGUAGGACGCCAUUAAGUGUCUGUUUAUAUUUUUGGAAUAUUUGUAUUACUUACAAUUAAUUAAUAAAAGCGGGUUUUUUAAAACCUA